AUGGCAGCCGCAGCAGUCGGAGAUCUUCCUCGCCAUGAUAUUUUCUUUGAAAAGUUUUCCCAGUCGGAAGUAAUUACUUCCCCAUCUGGCGAGAAGGGAUACGCCUGGAAGCUUACUUCUACCGAACGUGCCCAUAUCGCGGAAAUUCUUGAUGUCGAUGCUUCCCAAGUAACUAUAGAGAGAAAUAUCAUGAGUCAUGAGCGAGAAGAAUGUUGUGGCUGUGGAAAGUAUAUGGGCCUUGAUGAUAUGGUGCACAAUGCCAAAUACGGUAGUGUUCAUAGCUCGUCUUUUAUGCUUGAGGUUCUUCAGAACGGCAACAAGAGCGAGAGCCCUGCGCUUGUUAUUUACUGCUCGCGCUGCACUAUGCAAUACGAAAAUGUCCCAUGGUGGUCCGAGAGUGGUGGUGAUGAGUGGAGAUAA